GGUCUCUAUAGUGAAAUAACCUACGAUGGCUAUCAAAUAAGAAAUGUUGUUGCCUUUUUCUUUGAAUUUUGAGACUUAAAUUAUUUUAUCAACAGUGGUAAAAAGUAUUGGAUAAAUCGCAGGACGUGACAAAUAUGGCAAAUAACAGACACAACCUGCACAAAAAGCCACAAGUGUCGUCUGCAGUAGUAAUCGCCGGAUCUGUGUUAGCGGUUGUGGUGGCAGUUCUCAUCAUUGUAGUCGUAUGGCGGCUGUGCAGUGUCAAGAAACGUCGCCGGUCGUCAAGCUAUGAACAGAUUGUCUCGCAACACAGGAAACAUUCUAAAGUGGAAAUAGGCAACCUUCCUGAUGGAAUUACCGCUAUGAAGCAAAUCCCGUUUAUGGUGCCUCAACACAGCUGCACAACUCCACCUGUUGGGCGUCAUACUCGAUCGGAGGACGAGAAUUAUUCGUCGGAGCCGUCAUCUCCCAGCUCAAAAAGACCAUCCGUGGAAAUUCCAGGUGCCUAUGCCCUAGGAUCAAUAGAUCCGAGCCUUUACCGUAUAUCCGAUGAGGAUGACGAAUAUGAAAUCCCGCCGGAUCACCUAGGGAGGGUCUGGUUUGCCGUCGAAUAUGAACGGGAGACAGAAAAACUGCUUGUUACUCUCAUCAAGGCCAAAAAUCUUCCUAACAGAACAUUCGGAGCAGUAAAUGGCUGUGAUCCUUUCGUCAGGAUAUACCUUAUGCCAGAUGAAAGAAGAUAUUUACAGUCAAAAUUCAAAAAGAAAACAUGCAGUCCAAAAUUUGAAGAAAGUUACGUUUUUCAGGUAUCAAACAGAAACAUAGGUGAUCGUGUUCUCAAGUUAACAGUAUAUGACGUGGAUCGUCAGAAGAAGCAUCACGUGAUCGGUCACGCGCUUUAUCCUCUCAAAGACCAUGACUGUGAAAGCAAUGAACGUCUCGUAAUAUGGCGAGAUCUUGAACGUGAAGUCUUAGAGACAACGUCAGAGCUUCGAGGAGAGUUAAUGGUGUCCUUAUCUUAUAACAACCAUCUGGAACGAUUAACGGUGGGGGUUUAUGAAGGCAGAUCCUUUGAAACGGAAGGCUCAGCGCCGAUAGAUUCUUAUGUCAAAGUCCAGCUCAUGGUUCAAAACAAGACAAUCAAAACAAAAAGGACAGAAGUUAUAAAGAAAAAUGCUAACCCAGUCUUUAAUGAAUCUUUUACUUUUAAACUUUCCAUACCUUCACUGGAUACUGCCAAUGUUACCAUCACAGCUAUGCAACCACAAACCGGUUAUAAAGAUAAAGUUAUCGGCAAGGUGACCAUCGGAUCAUUUAUGUUUGCUCGAGGAAAAGAGUUACAGCAUUGGAAUGACAUGGUUUCUAAUCAGCGGGACCAAGUCAUGAACUGGCAUACACUUGUCUCAUAGUUACCACGUAGAUAAAACGCAUUUCUUGACCAGGACGCAAUUCGUAAUACGCAUAAGCUUUGCUAUUUGGCCUGAAGUAUGGACAUCCAGACGUGACUGAUAUACAUCUGCGUUGACCUGGUGAAUAGAUCUUCAAUAACCAAAGCUUUACCUGAAUGCAUUAUUCAGAUUGUAAGAGCAUGGAAACAAGCUUACAUUCAACGUAUAUGUGUCUCAAAGUUGCAUUCGAGCAUUGGUACUGUUUCGUUGUCACUCGUUUUAAAGAACUGGUCGUUGCGCGAAGAAACAAAACAUAGUAGUCAAAUAGUGUUGACCAACACUUGCCUUAUAGGAACAUGGUAUAAAACGUUGACGCUAUUUGCCGAAUAAUGUCAGUUUACUGAAUUUGUUGACAUAUAUAAUCAAGACAAAUACUCUAUUCCUUAAGGAUGUACAAGUAUUUUUUUCAGGAUAUCCGCCAUUUUGAAAAUGUUUCUUCGAAUUUUUCUUUAUAAAUAAAUCUAUGCCAAAAAUUAAUGCUACAUAAUUUGAAUAUGGCUAAUAAUGUGCCAUUUAAACAAACAGAUUCUACUUGUUGGAGAAAAAAUCAGCCUUAUUUUUGGCUGGCAUUUGCCUAAAAUUGGUAAAAGAUGUGCAAUGGGGUAGGGGUCGGUAAUUUCAAAUAUAUAUUAAAGAAGAUGAGGUUUUGUUCUGAUAUUUUUCUGACUGAUAUAUAUAGUGAUAAGCUAAAAAGGAAAAAAAGGUUUUCAACAUAGCUAAAAAGAAUAAAUUAAAGCAAAAGGAACUAAAAUAUCAAAGUCACACUUUUUUCAAGUUUUUUUACAUAUAUCUCUCAGAUACACGGUGAUCCCACAUUGUUUUGUCAUUUUGAAGCAUUUUUGUGUGUCAUUAUAGCAGCAAAAUAUUUUUGAAAUCCUGACGGCAGAAUUGUUUUUGUAGAUUUAAAUUUGAUUUUUUCCCAUUGAAAAAAGUGGGUGGGGUAAUUAUGUCAACAUGUAAAAAUAAAAGAAAUUUGUUAGUUAAUGCUUAUAUAAUACUGAUAUCACCUUGUAUUCAUAGUAACCUAUAAAACCUGAAAUCCCUAUAACAUUAAGUGGGUUAUUAUAUGUUUUAUAAGGUACCACCAUUUUUUCCAAUUUUAUUUAAUUUUCAGAAAUGCUUAAACAGUGGGUAGAAAAUGCCCUAUAAAAUAAAAACGAGUGCGGUGACCAGUGCUUUUUCUGCUCUUAUUUGUCUUAGAAACUAAUGUGCUCCAAGAUCACAGAGUAUAAAAAAAUUCUUAACGGUAGAAAAAAAUUGAUCCUACAGCCUUAGUAAGAUGACGUGGUUUUUAUGGUGUUUUAAUUAGCUGAAAUUUGCUUUGGAACAAUGUUCAUCGCUUUUCGUAUUAAAAUGAACUGAUUUCAUCCGCCGACCGCAUACAAAAGGCUUUGACAGUAAGAUAUUUGUAGGUCAACUCGUUACUUACAUUUGUUAAAACCAUAUGGUGAUGGGGUCAUCUUCACAUUGUACAUCCCGUUUACAAAGCGGUAUAAAUUGUCCAGUAGUUGCAAGCAAAAUGUUUCUAUUUUGUUUGGAAGUGAUAAAUUAUCGUAAAAAAAAACACACUGCACUCGUUAUUACUUACUGCAAGCAGCGUAUCCGUAAUAUUGAUAUUUUUUAUCUAUACAUUGUAAUGCAUCCUACACGCUAAAAAGACCAGACAAAUUUUAAUGUUUUCAUAAUACUGCUAUAUCAUUUGAACAUGUAUUGUAAGAUAUAUACUGUUUUUGUGUAAAUGUUAAUACAUCAAGCUAAUCAAAAAG